UAACCAAUUUAUCAGAAAACAAAGCUUACCCGAAAUCCAAAACAACAAAAGGUCAAAAUCCUCAAAUACUCAACAAACAAACAGCAAAUAACUCUCUCUUUCUUUCUCUCUGUACACUAGUCCAAGCUCUCUCUAAUUUCCAUGGCGGCCAAGAAGACCAUUAACAACAACAACAACAACCAAAACAAGAACGACAUGAAGAAGAUGUUGAAUAUAAUUCUCAACCCUCAUUUAUGACUUAGUCCCUUUUGUCGUUUUUAUCAACUGUUCGACUCUUUCUCUCUCCCAUAACUCUUCUCCAUUAAACCUCUCUCCCCCUCCCUCUUGGUUUUCGUGCUCCACUAAACUUUUAUUAAAGUCGUCCCAUCUUUUUCUCUCUCUCUCUCUCUCUCUCUCUCUCUCUCUCAUUCCAAUAACUCUCUCAGCUAGACAAAGUGGGGGAAAAAACCCAAGCAAAAAGCAGCUAAAUUUAAGCAAUUUGAGAUCUGGGUUUUGUGAAUUUUUGCCUUUUUUCUUGUGAUUUUAUUGAAGAAAGCAUUGUUUUGGCUUCUGGGUUUUGGUUCUUCUGUUGGGUUUUUGAUAAACAAAACAAAAGAAUGGGAAGCAAAUGGAGGAAAGCAAAGUUGGCUCUGGGAAUGAAUCUCUGUUUAUAUGUUCCAAGAACAUUAGAGGACUCCCCUCCUUCCCUUGACACCUCCGAUAGAUUGUCCGACGCGGCUCUACUUUCGCCGGCCAACUGGGCCGUCAGCUCCUCCAGGCCCGCCACUCCAGCAACUUCUUCUCACAGCUUGAAGCUCUCUAAAAGUGCCAGUAAAUCGUCUAAGCAAACAUGUUCUAUAUGCUUAACCAAGAUGAAGCAAGGAGGAGGACAUGCCAUUUUCACUGCUGAAUGCUCUCAUUCUUUCCAUUUCCACUGCAUAACCUCUAAUGUCAAACAUGGCAACCAGAUUUGCCCUGUGUGCAGGGCUAAAUGGAAAGAGAUUCCUCUACAGGGUCCUCCAACUCUUGAUCAUCCUCCACCGGGGAGACCAACGGCGAUCACUCCGGUUGGUUGGCCGCCUCAAAGUGAUGCUGUUAUGACUGUUGUUCGCCGCAUACCUUCUCCUCGAAGGGACUUAAACCGCCGACAUAUUAUUCCUCUGUAUCAGGCUCCUGAGCCGGGGAUAUUCGACGAUGACGAAUCCUUAGAAGAGAGUAAUAGCCAGCCUGCAAUGUCAAACAGAAGCCCUUGCAAUAAUAAUGAAGAUGGUACAACAGAGAACGUUCCCUCCAGGACAAUAGAGAUCAAAACAUACCCAGAAGUUUCAUCUGCUCCACGGUCAAAUUCUUUCGAGGAUUUCACUGUUCUGGUUCAUCUUAAAGCUUGUGCAACGACCAAAAGGCAUAACCACACCAGAAACCAGAGCAGCUGCCUUCAUCAACAGCAACAGCUUUCUCAUUCUCCCCGAGCUCCAGUCGAUCUUGUCACGGUGCUCGACAUAAGUGGAAGUAUGGCGGGCACCAAGCUUGCAUUGCUCAAAAGGGCAAUGGGGUUUGUAAUUCAGAAUCUCGGCUCCAACGACAGACUUUCAGUUAUAGCCUUUUCCUCAACGGCCCGCCGCCUAUUCCCGCUUCGGCGAAUGACUGACGUAGGGCGACAGCAGGCCCUGCAAGCCGUUAACUCAUUGGUCGCCAAUGGAGGGACCAACAUUGCGGAAGGUUUGAGAAAGGGUGCUAAGGUAAUGGAAGAGCGGAGAGGGAAGAAUCCUGUGGCGAGUAUCAUAUUGUUGUCUGAUGGGCAAGACACUUACACUGUAAAUGGCUCUGGAACGAACCAGACCCAACCCAACUACCGGUUGCUCCUCCCUGUAUCAAUCCAUGGCGGUGGUGACAAUGCAGGGUUCCAGAUUCCGGUCCACGCAUUUGGGUUUGGUGCAGACCACGACGCCUCGUCCAUGCACUCGAUAUCAGAGAUCUCCGGUGGGACUUUCUCGUUCAUAGAGACUGAGGCCGUGAUCCAGGACGCUUUCGCUCAGUGCAUAGGCGGGCUUUUGAGUGUUGUGGCGCAGGAAUUGCAGGUAGUAGUGCAGUGUUUGAAUCCAAUGGUUCGGGUCGGGUCGGUUAAAACGGGAAGUUACCCGAGCCGAGUUGGGGUCGAUGGACGAACCGGGUUCGUUGACGUAGGCGACUUAUACGCCGACGAAGAGAGGGACUUUCUGGUCUCUGUUCACGUCCCGGCUGAGCAUUCCGGCGAUAUAACAUCGUUGUUGAAAGUGAAUUGUGCUUUCAAAGAUCCUAUCACUAAAGAAAUUGCGACAAUGGAGAGUGAGGAAGUGAGGAUUGAGAGGCCUGAGGUGGUAGCCGAGGAAGGAGCCGCCGCCGUGGUGAUAUCGAUAGAGGUAGACAGACAACGGAACAGGUUGCGAGCCGCGGAAGCAAUGGCUCAGGCUCGAGCUGUGGCCGAACGAGGGGAGUUAACCGGCGCGGUUUCGAUACUAGAGAGCUGCAGAAAAUUACUAGCGGAAACCAUAUCGGCUAAAUCUCGAGACCGGCUGUGCGUGGCGCUUGACGCCGAGCUUAAGGAAAUGCAAGAGAGAAUGGCGAGCCGACACGUGUACGAGGCGUCUGGUAGGGCUUAUAUUCUGUCGGGGAUGAGCUCUCACUCGUGGCAGCGAGCGACGGCGAGGGGUGACUCGACUGAUGGGUCUAGCCUUGUUCAGGCUUAUCAGACGCCGUCCAUGGUAGAAAUGCUUACAAGGUCUCAAGCCAUGUUGCUAGGUAGUCCUUCGGCUCAGAGGCUUGUUCAGCCAUUAUGGUCCAUUGGAUCACAACCCAAACCAAGGUAGUCCGUUCGUAUGAGGGUGGGGGCCACAUCUUUUAAGUCUUUUUCAAUAGCUCUUUCUUGGUGCAAUUUUUUUUUUUUUUUUUUAAUUGAAGUUUUUGAAAUUUGGGGUUUUGUUAAGAGGAGAGAGAGAAAAGAUGAAGGAGAUGUUUUUGGGAAAGGUUUAUUGGGGAUUUCAUUUUGCUCAUGCCUUGUAAUGUGUAAAUGAAUAAGGAGUGAGAAAAUGGUGAAAUAUAUUAUAUGUUGGGGGGAGGAAAACAAAAGAGAGGCACACUAAGUAGGGUUCUUAUUAAGUUUAAGUUUUUUUUUGGGGGGGUUAUUUUUAUUUUUAAUUUUUUUUUGGGUUUUAAUUAAUUGUGUUGGGGGUGGUGUACAUAGAGAUAUGGAUAUUUUUCUCUCUGGGAAAAUGGGUAUAAAGUUUGGCAUUUUGUGAAAGAUGGUUGGGUUGGACAGUCUCAUCACCUGAAUAUGUAUAAUCUACCUGCUCGCAAUUCUUUUUUCUUUGGCA